AUGUCCUCCGACAUGCACCACGACUCCACCCUGGAGGCCGGACUAUUGAGAAAGCAGCAACAGGAAGAAGAAAAGUCGCAACUUUCAGCAAGAGGUUUCGGAGACCGCACCCCAGGAAUCCCGGAUACGUGCCCCGGACAGCAGGAGAGCCGCAAAAUGUCGCCCCUUCGUCGAUUUCUUGUCAUUGCCCUCAUCGGCCUGGUGGCCCUGAUGGGCUUGGCCGCUGCUGGAGGAUCUUGCCCUGGUGCUAUGCAGCACCGCGCUGUUCAACUGGACAAGCGCCAGGCGCCCGGAAGCAACACCACGACUCCUCCUACGAACCAGGGCAAUGAGGGCAACCAGCAGACCACCGGUGGCGUCACCCAAACCAUCAGCAACACCGUUACAGAGACGGCCGUGACCACCGAGACGGUACAUCAACCUACCAGCGGCAGCAAUCCUACUGGCAGCUCUUCUACUGGUACCUCGGAGCCCGGAUCUUCACCGCCUGCCUCGUCGCCUCCUAGCUCGUCGGCGCCGCCUCCGCCGCCUCCGCCGCCUCCGUCUUCCACACCAUCUUCGCCGGCCACUCCCAGCAACCCGACGACGUCGGUCCCAACUUCCCAGGCACCCCCCGCCAGCACCCCAACCGCCUCGCCUUCGACCCCUGCUCCGGUCCCCUCCUCGGCCGAGUCUACUACUUCAUCCCCCGAGACCACUCCUCGUCGCACCAUCACCACCGGCACCGUGACUACCUCGAGCGCUGUACAGGAGACAAUCACCCGAACCAACGGUGAUGGGGGCAUCGAGAUAAUUACGUCGACUUCCUGGGUUGAAAUUCGCCCCUCGUCGACUGACAAGGCCGACCCCAGCCUGCAAAACGUCGCCAACAGCCGUGGCGCUGGCAGUGUCGCGGCUGCUGCCAUAGCUGGCGUUGUUGCCGGCGCAAUGAUGCUAUAA